AAACCGAACAACACACAGUCCAAAAUGGCUACCGAGGCUCAGAAGGGCACUUUCGCCGUCAAGGUCGGCCUUGCGCAGAUGCUCAAGGGUGGCGUCAUCAUGGACGUCGUCAACGUGGAGCAGGCGCGCAUCGCCGAGGAGGCUGGCGCCGUCGCCGUCAUGGCCCUCGAGCGCGUCCCGGCCGACAUCCGCAAGGACGGUGGCGUCGCACGCAUGUCCGACCCCACCAUGAUCAAGGCGAUCAAGGAGGCGGUCACCAUCCCUGUCAUGGCCAAGGCGCGCAUCGGCCAUUUCGUCGAGGCGCAGGUGCUCGAGUCCAUCGGCAUCGAUUACAUCGACGAGUCCGAGGUGCUCACCCCGGCGGACGAGAUCAACCACAUCAACAAGCACAACUUCAAGGUUCCUGUGCUCUGCGGCUGCCGCGACCUCGGCGAGGCCCUCCGCCGCAUCGCGGAGGGUUCCUCCAUGAUCCGCACCAAGGGCGAGGCGGGAACCGGCAACGUCGUCGAGGCGGUUCGCCACUGCCGCGCCGUGAUGGGCGACAUUCGCAGGCUCCAGUCCAUGGACGACGACGAGAUCUUCGUCUACGCCAAGGAGAUCCGCGCCCCCCUCGAGCUCGUCAAGCAGACCAAGACCCUCGGCCGCCUCCCCGUCGUCAACUUUGCCGCGGGCGGCGUCGCCACCCCCGCGGAUGCCGCGCUCAUGAUGCAGCUCGGCAUGGACGGCGUCUUUGUCGGCUCCGGCAUCUUCAAGUCGGGCGAUCCCGCCAAGCGCGCGAGGGCCAUCGUCCAGGCGGUGACCCACUACAACGACCCCAAGAUCAUCGCGGAGGUGUCCCAGGGCCUGGGCGAGGCCAUGGUGGGCAUCGACUGCAAGGAGAUGCACUUCACCUCCUACGCCGCGCGCUCCGAGUGAAGUCGCAACUCAUCGGAAGGAGGAGGCUUGGUGGGUGACCGCGGCGAGGGGAAGGAGACGGCGCCGUCGCGCUUGAAGCAGUAUAGUGUAUAGUGUCUAGCACGCCUUUUUAUCGACACGUAAAGUAUUGCCCCG